AUGAUGUCAUUCCUGAGACGCGAACGUCGACGCCCGACGCCAUCCAUCCCCCCUCCCCGUCCGCAGCCGUUCCGCGACGACGACGACUGCGAGCAGCGAUUAGCGAAAACACCGCGGACGGAGCGGAAGCGGUACCCCGAGGACGACGACGACGAGAACGACGGCGCGUCGUCGCGGUACCCCCUGCGAUCGCGCACGCCGCUGACGCUCAUGAAAAACAUGAGCAAGGCGUCGCUUUACGUUCCCCCGCCGGCGAGGACCGUCGCGGAGAUGAAGGCGUCGAACGCGAAGAGCUCGACGACGGCGACGACGACGGCGGCGGCGGCGGGGAAGGGCGGGUCCAUCCCCGCGCCGCGCAGGCUCGUCGCGUUCGCGGAUUGCGACCCGCCCCCGAAGCUGAAGACGGCGCCGCCGGCGGCGGAGAAGAAGCCGCCGGCGCCGGCGCCGGCGCCGCUCGCGGCCAUCUGCCGAACCGCCGCGGCGUCGUGGAAGCGCAAGGCGAACGGCGAGAGGGGCGCCUCAGGCUACGACGCGAGCGCGGAGCGUGGGCGCGGAGGGAUAAGCACGUACACGUCGUCGUCGUCGUCGUCCGCGGCGGCGGCGGCGGCGGCGGCGUCCUCCAGGCGGGGGUCGAGGUCGAGAGGCGGACGCGGGCGAUCGGUGCGCGUCGUCGUCGUGCCGCCGGCGAACGCGCGCUGA